UAUACACUAUACAACACUUCUCCUCCUUCUCUUCUCUCCUCCUCGUAUCUCUUUAUUAUUCUCUCUCUUUCAGGAAAAACUAAUGAGAGAAAAUUAAUCAGACAGCAUAAUCCUUGAAGGGUUUGGUGAGUAGCUGCGGUGGAUCCGACGGAGAUGGCAAAGACCGAAUUUUUCGAUUCGGAUCCAACGGUAAUUGCAAAGACGAAGGAGCUGAAGCGCGAGAUGAAGAAACUGCUUCGGACCAUCGAGGAAGACGAUGAUUUAAGCGUUCAGACAAUCGAUCAGUUACAGGAGACACUGUCUGAUUUCAAACGAGCGACCAUAAAGAAGAUGGCGAAAUCUUCUUCUCUGGAGAUGCUCGAAACAGUGUCGUGUCCUGAAGAGUUUCGUUGUCCUCUGUCUAAAGAGCUCAUGCGUGAUCCGGUCGUCUUGGCUUCUGGUCAGACAUAUGAUAAGUUAUUUAUCCAAAAAUGGUUGAGCUCAGGGAACAGAACAUGUCCCAAGACUCAGCAAGUUCUGUCUCACACAGGUUUAACUCCAAACCUAUUAAUCAGUGAUAUGAUCUCAAAAUGGUGCAAGAAGGUUGGGGUAGAGACGAUGAAUCAAUAUCAGUCCAACACUAAAUCAAACCGUGAGGUUUUGAACUCCUUGCUCUGUAAGGUCUCCUCUUCUAACCUCCAAGAUCAAAAAUCAGCUGCAAAGGAGCUAAGACUUUUAACCAGGAAAGGAACCGUGUUCCGAGCUCUCUUCGGCGAAUCUUCAGAUCAAAUCACCCGCUUGGUGAAUCCGUUGUUGAGCUUGAACCAAGACGAGCAUCUUCAAGAAGAUGUGAUCACAACAUUGUUGAACAUAUCAAUACACGAUGACAACAACAAGAAGCUCGUCUGCGAAAACCCUAACGUGAUCCCUCUCCUGAUCGAUGCAUUGAGGCGUGGAACUGUAUCCACUAGAAGCAAUGCAGCUGCAGCGAUCUUCACUCUCUCUGCCCUUGAUUCGAACAAAUCACUCAUAGGCAAAUCCGGAGUCCUGAAACCGCUUAUCGAUCUUUUAGAAGAAGGGAAUCCAUUAGCUAUCAAAGACGCAGCGGCAGCGAUCUUCACUCUCUGCAUCGCUCAUGAGAACAGGAGCAGAGCGGUUAAAGACGGAGCUGUUAGGGUUUUAGGUGAGAAAAUCUCAGACGGGUUGUAUGUGGACGAGCUUUUAGCUAUAUUAGCGAUGCUUGUUACUCACUGGAAGGCAGUGGAGGAGCUCGGUGAGCUCGGUGGGGUUUCUUGGUUGCUGAAGAUAACUAGAGAGAGUGAAUGCAAGCGUAACAAAGAGAACGCGAUAGUGAUAUUGCAUACAGUAUGUUUCAGUGAUAGGACGAAGUGGAAGGAGAUCAAGGAAGAGGAGAGUAGUUAUGGAACGAUAACGAAGCUUGCGCGUGAAGGAACCUCUAGGGCACAGAGGAAAGCAAAUGGGAUCUUGGAUAGGUUGAGAAAAGCUAUGAAUCUCACUCACACUGCCUAGAAUCCACGGUUUUACGUAUGUUAGGUUGGUUGUAAGUAGAAAUCUGUGUGAAUAGUUUUUUUUUUUGCGUUUGAUGUUUUCUUUGUCAAUAAAAGCAAUGUUGGCUUUAUUCA